GUGAAGCUUCGUUUGUAUUUGGUUGGUGAAUCGAGCACCGUCUUAACGUAAUGGGAGAUUAGUUUGUACAAUCACAAUACGUCUGUUGCUCAAAUCUUUAACAUUUAGUCUCAGCUCGUAAAAUAUCCCCUGAGCUACAGCAUGUUUUAAUCGUUCCCUCGUAUUUGGACGGCAUCAAAAGCUGUCACGUUGCUGUGGUUUACAGUUAGUUCUCCGAUUCCCAUCAUCCUGACAACGCUGCAGACAUGGUGGAGCCAACGUCACACAAGUUUGCAUCCCUAGCAGAGGAGCUGGGCUUCUGGAAGGAGCAGGCAGAGGCACAUCAGCAACGGGCUGAUGAGUCUCAGGAGGAGCUGCAAGAGUUUCAGCAGAUGAGCCGAGAGUAUGAAGCAGAACUGGAAACUGAGCUGAAGCAGUGUGAGGGUCGAAACAAAGAGCUGCUUUUAAACAACAACCGACUACGCAUGGAACUGGAAAGCAUAAAGGAGAAAUUUGAGGCUCAGCAUUCUGAUGCUUUUAGGCAUAUCUCAACCUUGGAGGAAGAUCUGGCACAAACCACAGCAGUGAGAGAUCACCUGCAGAAAUACAUCAGAGAGCUAGAGCAGUCCAAUGAUGACCUGGAGAGGACCAAAAGGGCUACCAUCAUGUCUCUGGAGGACUUUGAGCAGCGAAUGAACCAUGUCAUUGAGAGGAAUGCCUUUCUUGAGAGCGAGUUGGAUGAGAAAGAGAACCUGCUUGAGUCUGUUCAGAGGUUAAAGGAUGAAUCCAGAGACCUUCGGCAGGAGCUGGCUGUACGUCAGAAGGAAAGACGUCCGUCCAGCAGCCUGGGCAAAGACACAGAUAGAGCAGAUCUGCCAUCCAUCCCCAUCACACCCUCCAAACCUCUCAGCUCUUUUGCCACGCCCCCUCCUUCCAAUAUCCGACGAGGUGAUAGUCUAACAGGGACUCCCCUCACAACGUCUGCUAGAAUAUCUGCACUCAACAUUGUAGGGGAGCUGCUGAGAAAAGUUGGAAAUCUGGAGUCAAAGUUGGCGUCCUGUCGAGACUUUGUAUACGACACGUCUAUCAGCAGACCAGCCCUUCCAGCUGGCCCUGGUAGUCCUUCUGGUUUAGACAGAGGCUCUGAGCUCCAAGCUAGCAGCAUGAGCCCCCCUCCUCAGUACGACAGUUUAGUGAAACGGUUAGAGUUUGGACCAGCUCCUCCAAGAGGCAUUUCCCAGGGUGCUCAGUCUCCUCAGGGUGGGGUCAAGAUUCUGCUAUGAGAGAAAAAAGACGACAAACCACCUCCCUCAUUCAAUAACCUUACACCAACCCCUGUCACCUCUCCAUCCUUAAUACACUUCAGCAAUGGGGACUUUGAGCUGUCUUCCCUUGUGCCCUGCUGAACUCUUGAACAAGAAAGCCACUCUCCUUGCCCCACAUAAUCAGCGCAUGGACUUCUGCUGCCUCAGGCCUAGUAUCACACCAUAUCUAUCAAAGGAUGCUGCAGGAAGGGACAGAUAACCUACUGCUCACACAAUAUUUCACUGUAUCAUUGACACUGUGGUGGGGAGCAUUUUAAAAACAAAGUUCUGUAUCUCCUGAUUUUCUUUGUGGUGGGUCAACAUGACUGAUGAAACAUUACUCCCUGAUAAAGGGACCAAGAACCUGAAGUAUCAUUUAUAAAAAGGUUUAGAUUGUACAAAUAUUGUUUGUGACCAAGUCGAAACCAAAGCUUUGAAAAAUGGAAAAAACUGAUCAAAGAUUAAAGUAAUGAAUAAAUAAUGAAUCUGAUUUUAAAAAAAACAAAAACAAAAAAAAAACAUGGUGAAAUUAAAUUUUUUUUGUUUUUAUAUUCUUUAAGCUAAGGGCUCGAAUAAUGUAGCAUGAGCAACGUCAACAUUAGUUAACCUCUGCCAGGAUCUGGUGUUGGUAUGUUAGCCAUCACUGCCUCCACCAAUGUCGUUGCAUCUUCAGUUUGUAGGCCCUGCGUUGCUGUAAUAGUUCAAAUAAUUGAACUCAAGCUGCCAGGUUUUCUAGGAAUGAGCUAACGUCACUUCAGGCUAGUUUAAUAUCACAUGUUUUUCAGUUUGACCCAGGUUCUUUCUGUCACCUCCUUCUGAUCGUUGCACAGAUUUGUUUUAGCUGACUCAUUACUAUCCUGUAGUCAAAACUGAUUUCUUUAUUUCACCCAUAAAGAAUAGGAAUGGGUGUUCUGCCUCAGACAUGAGAUGCUCAUUUGUCAUGCAACAGAUUUAUGAUGUAGUGUUAUUGAAGUUGAUUGUAGAAGUUAGAUCGACACAUUGUUCACUACUGAAUGUAUAGUAAUAAUUCCCUAAUAGGUGUGAGACCUCCUGUCUGCCAUCGAGAGUUAUAUGGUGGGCGAAUGUGGAUACCAAGCAAUAAGAUUUUAACAGGUCGAAGAUAAGCACAGUUCAUAGUAUAUUUUUGUUGGUAUAUAGAGCAUAUAUUAAAUACCCUUUUCCUGCCUUUUUAGCAAGAGAUAUUGUGAACGGGAAAUUGGAGUGAUUUAAUGUGAAAUUAGUUUUUCCCUGAAAUGUUUCUGGUUAAUCUGGAGACCUCACAACUGCCAUCCAGCAGCAUCAAAUAUUACUGUACAUAUUUGAAGACCACAUUGCGGUGGAGCCUGUGUGUAAAGUUAACUUGUGGUUAAUGCAUAUAAGAACUGGAUUUCCUGCUCCUCUUAGCUGUUUAACCUCCUCCUUAACUAACAUGAGCGAGCUGUAACUAAUCCACCACUACCUCCACCACUGUGUUCUGGGUGUUUGUGUACAGCAGCACCUCUGCAACUGCUUCUGUAUUUGGACUAAACUGUAUGUGCCUGAGGUACUAUACCCACUUUUAUCCUGCUGGUUUGCAGUUGUUUUUCUAUUGAACUGAACAGAUGAGAAUGUUCUGAUAAUCUUUGAAGUUACUGACCAAGACGAAACUAUUAAAAGGAG